CAUAGUUAAACACAAAACAGAGCUGCAGUUAUGAUUCAUCGAAGUUUUUUUGCAGUAAUUCUGAGAGUGUUUUAAAUGCAGAAAAAAAAAAUUUCAGCCUUUUCGUCAAGAUGGACAAAAAUGUUAUGAUAUUUUUGCUAGUACUACGAUUAAGGAAAUGAAUUCAAUUCGUACUUACGGUCGCUGCAUCAAAUUCAUCUUUUUUGCUAUUGUCAUAGUUUGUCUUCUUUUCCUGAUUACUACAACGAACUUGAUUACGCCACUAUUGGACGAGGAACAACAACAUGGACCCACAUUUGAAAUGCAGGAUGUGCUACCUCGCAAUGUUGGGGAGAAACAGCUUGCCGAAUCGUACAGAAGCACCGCCAUCGGAACGUACAAUAGGUCUGACGUAGUAAGAGCACUUUCAAGUCUAUAUCAACAUUCAAAAAACGUAUCUUCUGAUCAUGCGCAUUCAGUUUUUGUUCAGAUGAUGAACUUCAGUAACCUGAUGAAGACAAUGGAGGUUAAAACAGUUUUGUUAGAACCGGCAAUCUUGUAUAGCAUGUUAUCUGAAAAUCAGCAGAAGUUACUACAGAAACGAAAAUUUGAUGCUAAAAACUAUCUAGGUUCAAAGAAUAUACUUACUUUUAUGAUUCAAGAAGAAGAUGUACAAAAAUUGCGAAAGGAAGAACAUUUAAAGACAAUGAGCACUGCUGGUUAUAAGGUUCUUUUCGUUAACGAUACCCUUCCGUUCUGGAUGUGGCAAAACUCUCCAGAUAAAAAAGACUUUCCAUCAGCAGUUUUUCACAUGUUUUUUCAACGUCAAGAAUGGACAAUUCACGUUGUAAUUUUCUAUAAAAGAAAAAAGUAUUUUUGGCAUGCUGCUUUCAAUAAUCCAGGCGUUAAAGAUGUUCCAAGUAUGGAUGAUUUGCUAUUUGCUAGACGAGACGGAGCUUAUGAUAAGUUUGCGUUCUUAGAAGUAAACUUUAACGGAACUACGAACCAAAGUGUGAAUAUCCCGUCGGAUCUUCAGUACUUCUUGUUCCAGAUACCGACCUCAAGUUUUAUGGAAUGCAAUCUCUCCAGGGCGGUCAACAUAACUAAAGGACCUCGAAACAAGCCCCACGACGGCCUUUUCUCCUUCGAAGCUUUCAACGAAAGAACACUUAUUGCAUUGAGGGAAUUGAAAGUCCUGCUGAAUCCUCUUCUCAUGCAUUUUUGGAUAUGGUCAGGAACAAUGCUUGGAUGGUACAGGCAAUGUGAUAUCAUACCUUAUACGACAGACGUUGAUUUCGGUGCAUGGGCUGAUGAAGUUCUGAAUGUUGAGGAAUUGAAAGAACUUUUCAUUAACAACAAGAAUUUAAAAAUUAAAGAAAGUCUAGGUAUGAUUGAUCGUGCUUUGGAGUUUCACUUGGAAACAAAACGUCUGCGAGUGGAUUUGUUCUUUCUUUAUCAGGAGAAAAAUGGCACUUGGUAUGGAGGCCACAGAUCCACAAGAAAAUAUUACUUCAAAUAUCAUCAUCCUAAUUUCACUUUGUGCUCUGGAGAGCUCCUUGGCGAGAAAGUUCUGGUUCCUUGUGAGUCCGAGAAGUGCAUCAUAUCCGAGUACGGUCCGGAGUGGACAAUGCCAGUGUCCGACUGGUGGUUCGACUGGUCAAUAAAGAACAAAGGUCCAAACAUUUAUUGGGAGAAAAGCGUACAAGAUAAAGUGCAUAAACUUUUCUAAUCAAACAGUUGUGGGACUUUCCUUUAUGAACGGACUGUCCAUUAUGAACGUCCUUAGUGAAAUCCACCGAGUUACCAAAACCAGCUGGUGACGGAUGACCGGGGGCUGGGUAGUCAAGUUGACCUUCGCUAAUCCAUUUGGAGAUUAUAAAUAUCGUCACAAAUCAAAGUCUCAUCAACAAUGUCUUAUUAUGAAGAUGCUUUUAAAGAACUUUUUUCAAUGCAUAUUGUAUUUAUUUCUCACCAUCAUUGUCAGUAAUCUUCUUUAUCUUCUUCACUAAUAAUAAAGCUGAAAGUCUC